ACUUUAUCCCGAUUAGCCCAACUUCUAGUGACAUCCGUAGAAAAGAAAACGAUACAAACUCACCGUGUAUGUGUACCUCUCUAGUUCCCGCACUCUAUGCCCUAACUUCACACGACGAUUACAGCUACACCCCCAGCCCGGCGAUCGGACACCUGACGCCGGGGACAACCCAACGCCGUCCACCGGGUUCAUCGUUUCCUGUUUCUAUUGUGGUUUCCACGGUGUUAGUGGGGGGUAAUUAGGGUUUCAUAUUUGUUUGCUGUAUUCGAACCCUCUUCACUUGACAUCCGUAGAAAAGAAAACGAUACAAACUCACCGUGUAUGUGUACCUCUCUAGUUCCCGCACUCUAUGCCCUAACUUCACACGACGAUUACAGCUACACCCCCAGCCCGGCGAUCGGACACCUGACGCCGGGGACAACCCAACGCCGUCCACCGGGUUCAUCGUUUCCUGUUUCUAUUGUGGUUUCCACGGUGUUAGUGGGGGGUAAUUAGGGUUUCAUAUUUGUUUGCUGUAUUCGAACCCUCUUCACUUGCCUAUAACAUUGCAAUAUAUUAGUGCCAUAUUUUGAGAGAGAGAGAGAGAGAGAGAGCGAGCAGUAUGAAACAGUCGAAGGAUCCAUUCGAAGUUGCGUUUGAGGAAGAAGACGAGGAGUAUGAUUCGCCAACUGAUUCCCCCGUUGUUGCUCCUGAUAAUGUGAUCGGACCUCAAACCGAAACUCAUAGAAUAAAUCUCCAGACUAGUACUACUAGUCAAUCAGAACCUGCUGCUUUACAGCUCCCUGUUGAUGUCCAUAAUAAUACUACUACUCAGGACGAUUACGACGACGAUGACGAUUACGACAACGAGAUCGAUACUAUUACUCCCCGUCCUCCUACGAAUACAAAUACUGCAAAGCCAUUGAAAUCCACAGCUGCUGCUGCAUCGUUGGCCAGGAAGGCCAAAGAGGACGAGGAGGAAGAAGAGGAGGAGGAGAACAUGGACGUUGAGCUCGGGAACCCUUCCACCUCUGACCCUGAUAAGAUGUCUAAGAUGCAGGCUAUUUUAUCUCAGUUCACUGAAGAACAGAUGAGUAGAUAUGAAUCAUUCCGGAGAUCAGGAUUUCAGAAAUCAAACAUGAAAAGAUUGUUAGCAAGCAUUACUGGUAGUGCAAAAAUUUCCAUACCAAUGACAAUUGUGGUGUCAGGGAUAGCAAAACUGUUCGUUGGUGAACUUGUUGAAGCAGCCAGAAUUGUGAUGUCCGAGAGAAAUGAGAGCGGGCCAAUCAGGCCCUGCCACAUGAGGGAAGCCUAUAGAAGAUUAAAACUUGAAGGCAAGGUUCCAAAAAGAUCAGUUCCUAGGCUUUUCAGUUCUAAUUUGAAGAUUCGCAUCACAACUAGGAGGGGACAGCUUCAUCUGGUGUUGUUCAGGCAAAGGGGAAAGCAUCUCCGCUGCCACUAUUGAGGAAAAGAAGGCUUUGUGUGUAGAUGCUGAACCAGAAGAUAACAAGUUUGAUAGCAAGUUUGUCAUUAGGAAAUCCGCUAUGGAGGCCUGCCUUGUUAUUUCAACAGACAAUAAUACAAUAUAGAUUACACUUGAUGUGUUAAUAAGGCUUGAUUUUUAUGGUAAAAUCAGACUUCUAUAGAAGCUCAUUAUUCAAUGAAAGUAGGGAAUUGAGUUACCACCUUCAUGGUGAUGAAAGGACUAUUUCUUAAUUUACAGAAAAA